UAUCUCUCCUCCCACAACCACAGUUCUAACUGUGGAGUGGCACCAAGUGUGUUAAAGACUGAGAACCCUGGCAGCCCCCUGGUCCUCGCCGUCGCAUGAUGGCGGCCCCGAAACGACAUCCUGUAGAGCACACGCCGUCGGUUCUCCUCAGCAAAGAAGCCAAUGACAAGAUCUUCUCCAUUGCGGGUCUCAAGUGCCAGGUCUUCUCCUCGGGGGUCGCUGACGUGCUGACGGCGGAGGUCGAGGAUGUUCCAGCUGACGGCAAGGACUGGCAGCGUCUCCAUCCAGGGGUGCUGGUCACGUUAACCAAGGACUACGCGCGCAAAGCUUAUUUCAUACAGAUAUACAGCUUAGUGGAAUGGCAAAAGGUUUCAGAGUACAUUUUCACUCGGCGUUCGACCUACGAGACCCCCUCCAGUCUGUUCCACCAUUUCCAAAACAAGAACCUCAGGAUAGGGCUGAAGUUCGGCAGCGAAGUUGAUGCCGGCAAUUUUAACAUGGCGGUGCAGACGGUACAGGGCGGGAAGCGCACCAGACCGGAGGGACGCCCUAAACCCCCGAGCGUCCCUCCUCCUCCACGCCCCCCGCUUAGUCCGAGUGCCGUCCCAUCGCAGAAGGAAGAAGGGGAGAUACUCGCGAAGAAGGAAGGAAGUAAGGAGGAAGAGAAGUCAGGAGAAGUGAGAGGGGCGUCUCCAUCUGUUCUCCCGUCUCCGGGUGAGAAGGGUCCCUCAUCCAAGAAAAAACCCGUCGCCAAAAGGAUUUCGAAGGAGAUGAUCGGGAAGCCGACCAACUUCCAGCAUCUCUGUCACUUGGGCUUCAACUCCGAUGAAGCUAAUCACAAAGAACUGCAGGCGCACUUCGCGUCGAAAGGAGACACCCCCAUUCGCCCUGCGCCUCCUCCUCCUCCGCCGCCGCCUUCAACAAGGAUGCUCAAGUCACCAAAGGACAGUACUAACCUUCCCCCUGAGCCCUCUCCCUCACGUGACAUCGAUGAUUCGGCUGACGCGGACGACGACGACUUGGACCGAAACGUUUCGCUCAAUUCCUUCUCUUCCCAGGAUGCUCUUAACGCGUCUAGUGACAGCGUCGAAGCGCCUUCGGCCGUUUUGAACUCUACCUCAGACUCAAGCUUCACAAACACCGCCUUCAGUGGUGAUGCUCCUCCUGCUUCUGUUGACACGAGUCUUCUGGACGUUGACCUUAUAAUGUUUGAAAGUCCAGCACCUUCCCCGUCUGUGUCUGUCUUUCCUAACACCGACGACCAAGCGCGCGACGAAACACCGGCGCCUCCCGAAGCAGAACCAAUACUCGACUCACCAGCAAGAGAACCAGAGGACCCGACGAGUACCUCCAAGCCCGAGCAAGAGCUCUUCAACUCGUCACACCUGGACGCGUCGCCGUCUUCGCGAGCGGACGAAUCCAGAUCCUCGCACGAUGAGCUCGACGAAUCCACAGCGGACGAUGAAAUCAUCGAUAUCCUGACGCCGCCGACGCCUCCUCCUCCGCGCCGAAGGACGAAUCUACUUCAGGACAUUGGCAGACCCCCGGAGCACCCCCCUCCCCCUCCUCCUCACCCACCGUCCACGCAUUAAUGACUCCCAUUAAAUAUUUAGAUUUCUAUUUAUGAUUAAGACGGUUGGAAAAAAAAAAAAAAAAAAAAAAUUCAAAGAACUUUACAAAUACCUCUAUGGAGAUGAUAUUCCUGUCGAUUAAAACUGAAGAAUAAAA